UGCCCCUAUUAAAACAAUUUAAUUUCCUAAUUAAUAAGACCUUGAGUUAACCAAUAUAAAUUAGUUCCAAAAGUAUAUGCAAAUUGUCAGUUGAAAAUCGAUACUCGAUACAUCGUGUCAUGAUAAGCAUGAAUGUUUACAUCAAUUCAAGCAACAAAAACUCAUUUUCCUAGAAAAAGAAAAUGAACAUUCCUUCAAUUAUCGAAAAAUUACUAAUUAAUGUUAAUUUAUUAUGUUGAUUAUUUAUGUGACCGAAACUCAUCCUAAACUAAUGAUUUAUCAUUAUUGUUACUUAAGCUCAGUUAAACUCAAUUGAAGAUGUUCAAGUCAAUUUUCAAAAUAGACUUGAACAGGGUAAAUGUUCCAUUGAUGACCUUUCUCCUGUGUAAUAUUACUUAAUGCAUUCAUCUCCUUGUCCAUUAUUAAUGUUAUAUGUUUGUUCAAAUUUUUAAUGUUAAUUUCAUCAAAUUGUUUUCCAUCGUUUAAAUGAUGGCACCUAUUCCUCACUUUCGUUACUUAUUUUUGUUGAUUGGUAUUCUUACCCUCGUCUUAAUUUACUUCAUUGAGAAUCUGGAAGAAAGAAUCUCAACUUUGGAGAGAAAAGCUUUUUUCACCUCUUACGUCAAUCGACAAACACUCGAUGAAGCCUUACCUCUAUCAUUAACAUCAUCUUCGUCAUAUCCAACCGUCUCAGGACCCAUAUCAUCUCAAAACAAUCCACCAGUAUAUAAUCAAAACGCAGAUGAAGACCGAAUAGUUAUCUAUAACCGUGUUCCAAAAACUGGCAGCACAAGUCUGAUGGGCAUUGCUUACGAUCUCUGUGGUCCAAACAAAUUCAAUGUAAUUCAUCUGAAUACAACUAAAAACAGUCACGUCCUUUCGUUACCCGAUCAAGCUUACUUUGUCCAAAAUUUAACCCAAUGGAAAGAGAGAAGGCCUAUGAUUGUCCAUGGCCAUUUGUCUUUUCUUGACUUUGGUCGAUUUGGAGUUGCAGAUAAACCCAUAUAUAUAAGUAUGGUUCGUGAACCAUUGGAACGUUUGGUAUCCUAUUAUUAUUUCCUCCGAAAUGGUGACGAUUUUAGGCCUUACUUGGUUCGCAAAAGGCAAGGAAACAAAGUUACCUUUGACCAAUGUGUGGAGAGACAAGAAAAGGACUGUGAUCCAAAUAAUAUGUGGAUUCAGAUACCAUUUUUUUGUGGUCACUCAUUUGAAUGCUUGUCUCCUGGAAGUAAAUGGGCUCUGGAGGAAGCUAAACGCAAUUUAAUGCAACAUUUCAUGGUUGUUGGUGUUACUGAGCAAAUGCAUAUGUUUCUCGCAGUACUUGAGUAUACUCUACCAACCUUUUUCAAAGGCGCCUUGCAUCUUUACGAGAAUGGCAAUAAAUCUCACCUUCGUCGAACCAUCAAUAAAAUUGAACCAUCAACAGAAACAGUUGAAAUUAUCCGUCAAUCCAAGGUUUGGCAAAUGGAGAAUGAUUUCUACUCAUUUGCUCUCCAACAAUUCGACUUUAUCAAGCAACGGACUUUCCGAACUAAAGAAUCUUCUUUUACAUUCACUGGACGACAAUUUUUCUUGGAAAAGAUUCGUCCACGACACUAAUAUAGUAUUAUAUGUGUAUAGUUAAUUGUGACUUCUCUACUCUACUUUACUUUAGAGAUGGCAGAAUCAGCGAUUUCCCAGCUCGAUCUUCGGAUCGAAAAAAUUUACAAGAUCGGUUGUGGCUAAGAAGAAUGAUUCAAUGUUUUAAUUUUCCGUGCAACUAUUGACUAAAAUAUUUGAGUCAAGACCAAAAUCAUCAAAAAUAUAUAAAUUUACGAGUUUGUACUUCUUAGGCCAUUUGAUCUUUCUCGAGUGCUAUAAUUUUAAAAGGUCGAACUCAAUCAGGUCGUAAGUUUAAUAGCUCGAUUUAAGCUCGGCUUGCUCUAAAAGACCGAUCGAUCUUUUUCUGCCAUCUCUACUCUACUUACUCAACUCUACUCUUUACGUUAUUACUCUAUUACUCUACUUAUUGUAUUAAAAGAAAUCUCAUCAUAUCAUCAUCAUAUCAUCAUAUCAACAUUUUCAUUAAACUCAUAUUCACUUAUUUUUUGUAUAAAACUUCUGAGUGCCAUUAUAUAAUUAUUUGGAAAGCUAUGAAAAAAAUUGAUGUUAAGGGUUACACAGACUGUACAAUGUGUAGUUUAAGAGACACCAUUAAAAGCAAUUUCAGAAUCCUCAA